AUGUUGCAGGUGUCCGCGCCGAACGGCAGCAGCCCCGAUGAGAAGAAGUGCGGAGGCAGAUCAGGUGGGGCGUAUCGUUGGGUCGAAGAGGAAUGGCUUUUCAAUGGCGCAGAUAGGUUGGGAGUGUUGCAGGAUAGGCAGACGCCUCUCUCAAAUCCUGAAUCCUGGAUUCAGGAUUUGAUAACGGGCGGAACCAUCACUUCGGACAGUUCCCUCAGACUUCCGGUCCUUGUGCUACUGGCUGUCAAUCUUCUGCUCGUCCUGGUAGCAGCUAUUGUCCUCGUCGGAGUCACAGUUUGGUCCAAAAAUGAGAACCUUUGUCUCACGGAACAAUGCGUCAACACAGCGUCGCGGGUAUUACGAGCAAUGGACCGGUCAGCUGAUCCGUGCAAGGAUUUCUACCAGUACGCCUGCGGUGGAUGGAUGAAGGCAAAUCCAGUGCCAGAUUGGACGGCCACAUGGGACCGGCUUGCUCUCCUGCGGGAAUCCUUGUUGCAGGACAUGCGGCAAUUACUCGAAUCCGGUAGCGGGGAUGGCGGCAAGGAGCCGUCCGGGAUCCGCAAAGCCCGGGUCCUUUACAGGACCUGCAUGGACACAGAUGCUUUGGAGUCAAAAGGGUUGGAACCCAUUAAGGAUAUAUUGAAGAUUGUCGGUUUAACUUCGAGCCCUCCGAAUGCGACCGCGGCCAGCGGUUUCGAUUGGCUUUUCACCGUGGCUCGCGCCAGAAGGGUGCUAGGACUGAACGUCCUUUAUGGACUCAACGUUGCGGAGGACGUAAGGAACUCGUCCUUGCAUAAGAUCGUGAUCGAGCAAGUGUCUCCCGGCUUUGGAGAAAGGUAUCUCCUCCAACCAUCAAGAUUCCGUCAAGAAAUCAAAAACUACAAGAACCACGUUGCUAGUAUGAUGAACGCUUACACUAACUCCACAGAUGGACAUGCAUUUGCAGAAGAGAUAGUUGCAUUUGGAACGGAGAUAGCUAAGGUCAUGACCCCGGCGGAAAAGCGUCGCAGCACCGGGCACCUGUUCCACGAAGUCACGCUGGAAGAGCUCUCUCGAGGUCCUGGCCAGGAUAAUAUAUCUUGGAAAAGUGUUAACUGGACCAGAUACAUGAGCAUAGUUUUCAACGAGACCAACGUUUCAUUGAACUCCAGCAAGGAUAAAGCCAUACUACUAGAUCUAGGCUACAUGCAGAAAUUAACUACACUAUUACUACGAACUGAUCCUUAUAUUAUUGAAAGAUUCAUCUGGUGGAAUGUUUUUUCAACUGUGGCUCCAUUAACGCUUGCAAAAUUUCGUUCCCUGGGAUUUGAGUUCUCGCAGAAACUGUUGGGUCUACAGGCGCGCACUCCCAGGUGGAAGGGUUGCACCGGCAACGUCAACUCGAACUUCGGCUUAGCCCUGAGCUAUCUGUACGUGCAAUCGCAGUUCCGGAAGGGCUACAGGGACAAGGCUCUGGUGAUGUUGGACGAUAUUCGAGCGGCUUUCGAGGAUGCUGUGCACGAGCAGGAUUGGAUGGAUGACAUCACCCGGGAAAGGACUUUGACCAAAUUGCAUGCAAUCAGGGCCUUUGUCGGAUAUCCCGGUUGGAUUAUGAAUGCCACCCAGCUCGAUAUUCAUUACAAGAAAGCCAACGUAAUCGAAGGGGAACUCUUCAAAACUUAUCUUAAUUUAACAAGCUCUGCAGUGCGACGGAAUCUAGAGAGCAUCAGGAGGAGACCCAACAGAAAUCGAUGGGUGGCGGCUGCAACAACCGUGAACGCUUUUUACUCGGCCACUCUGAAUUCCGUCACAUUUCCUGCCGGCAUCCUGAAGCCUCCAUUUUAUAGCAACGGCAUCGAGGCCAUAGAUUACGGUGCAAUCGGAGCCAUUAUGGGCCACGAGAUCACACACGGCUUCGACGAUCAAGGGAGACGCUAUGAUGAGAAUGGAAAUCUUAAACAAUGGUGGUCUUUGUCAACGCUGGAUCAUUAUCAUAGUCGAGUACAAUGUAUCAUCGAUCAAUACAAUAAUUACACAAUGCCAGGACUGGGAGCUUCGUUUAACGUGCAAGGGUUUAACACGCAGGGGGAGAACAUCGCAGAUAACGGAGGAUUAAGAGCUGCCUUCGAGGGGUAUCGGCGACGACAGGACAGGUCCGAAGGAGGAUCAAUGCGUCAGCGGCUUCCAGGACUAUCCGAUAUUACGACUGACCAGCUGUUCUUCCUGGGAUUCGCACAGAUUUGGUGUGGAAAUUCGACGGUUGGAGCGCUUAAAAGCAAACUCGUGGACGGGGUGCAUUCCCCAAACAGGAUCCGGGUGGUCGGCACACUUUCCAAUUCCAAAGAGUUCGCUGAUGCCUGGGGGUGUCCGGCCGGAACACCCAUGAACCCUCCGGAUAAAUGCGUGCUCUGGUAG